UAUUCAGAAAGGUAGUUAAUGUGGGAGGAGUGGAAGUGUCUUCUGUGGCCAUCUGUGCUCAUGACCUUUCCAAAAUGGCUGCUGGCAUGUACCACCCAGAUAAGGCCAGGGACACAAAUGAGCUCACAGACCAUCUAAAUAUGGCCGCCUCCCUCUGUAAGUGUCUGAGCAGAUUAGAUGAGGAUAAGAAGGCUUUAAGGCACUGCUCUGCAGCUGGUUCAGUGCGCUGAGCAGAUAGGUAGUGUGUCAGAGAUUGCUCUGCUUCUGGCAGAUCAUAGAUCCAGCUAUUUAUUCAUGUAGCUAGUAAGCUAGCUGGUUGUUAUUUUUAGAAUCUGCAGUUUGUUGUCAGUGUAGCUGCGAAGGUGGUCUUCCAGUCUGACAGACUCUGCAUAAGGACACGUAGUCAAAAUGUCUUACAUCUACCAGUGGCUGGACGUGCCGUGGGGAGACGGAGAUAUGGGGUCGUGGGCAGAUCGCUCUCCUCUCCAUGAAGCAGCUUCCCAGGGUCGACUGCUCGCCCUGCGCACUUUGCUGGCCCAGGGAUAUCACGCCAACAUUGUCACCAUCGAUCAUGUGACCCCUCUCCAUGAAGCCUGCCUGUCAGGACAUGUAGCCUGUGUCAGAGCAUUAAUAAAUGCUGGAGCUAAUGUGAAUGCUGCUACCAUAGACGGCGUCACUCCUCUGUACAACUGCUGUGCCUCCGGGAGCGUCGGUUGUAUGGAACUACUGCUGCAGAAUGGAGCGCACACACACACGCCACACACACACUUCCCCUCAGCUCUGCACGAAGCCUGCAAGAGAGGUAAUAGCCAGUGUGUGGAGUCCCUGCUGUCUCAUGGAGCAGACCCAGACUAUGACGUGUCCCACCUGGGCUCUCCUCUCUACAUGAGCUGUCUGCACCGACACACAGCCUGCUCAAAGCUUCUGCUGCACAAAGGAGCCAAUGCAAAUAUAGGCAGAGGAGGUGACAGUCCUCUGCAUGCAGCUGUCAGACAGGACAGUGCUGAUCAGGUGUCAGUGUUACUGGACUACGGAGCUGAUGUCAACAUCAGAGACAGUAACAAUCAGCGACCUGUGGAGCUAGCGCCUUCUGGUGGAAAAACACAACAGCUGCUGAUGACAUUUGAAGUUUCUCCGAGGAGUCUCUGCCAGCUGUGUCGUCUCCAGAUCAGGAAUCUGAUCGGUCGGACCAGACUGAAGCUGCUCCCCAUCCUCCCUCUCCCUUCCUUGCUCACUCACUAUCUGGAGCACACGUAGGAUACAGCAUGGCAGUGAAAAGCAACCACAAUUCAGAUGCUGUUUCUUUUAACAUUUUUAAUUUGGAUGUGCCAAGCCCCUUAUUGACCACAUUUCAUGUUAACAUAUCACCAUGCUUUGUCUGCUACAACAUCAUUACAUCAAAAACACACACUCAAGAUUUACUCUGCUGCACACUGUACUGUACUCCAGUACAUUGCCUUUGUUUUGAUAUAACUGGCACAACCUCUGUUUAUUUUUUCCCUGUCAGACGAUUGUGACAGCUGAUCCAGUUUUAACAAAUUUUGUUGGUUGAACACAAUGUGUCCUUAUGUGAAUAUUGGAAUUUAUUUUCCAUUGGCAAAUGCUGGCCUUCAAGUAUCUGUGUGUAUGUAUGUAUGUAUGUAUGUAUGUAUGUAAAUACAAAUAAAUGAUCCAUGGCACGACCUGAA